AUGAAAAAUAGUCUGGAUCUAGCACAUGAAAUUUUAAAAGAGAAUGUCAAAUUAAACUAUUAAAAUAGUUAUUGUUUUCUUAAAGCAGCAAGACAAGUUAGUAGUAAGGCAGUUUCUAAAACUAAUUCAUAAUUCUCCGUUGAUUAAUAAUAACCAUUUAAUAAAGACAAUGAUACUAAAUUAAUCAUUCAACAAAAUAAGUACAUCAUAAAUAAAUUAUCUUAACCAAAACUAAAUAAGUUAAGAAAUGCUCUUUUAAUUGGAUAAAAAGCAAGAAUUAUUAAAAUUUUGUAAUAAGAAAAUGAAAUAUCUAACAAAAACAAAUCAUUAUUGUUUGGAGGUGGUAAAAGUCUAAAAAAUAUCGAUAGCGAUUAAAAAACAAUCUUUAAGAAAAAUAGAAAAAAAAAUAGCUCAUUAACAUAUAACAAAGAGAAAUCAUCAUUGUUUGGAGCUAGUAAAAAUCUAAAAAAUCUAGAUAACAAUGAAAAAACAAUCCCUAAGAAUAAUAGAAAAGAAAUUAGCUCAUUAAUAAAUAAAAAUGUAGAGGUGAACAAAGUUAAAGUUAAAUUAAAUGAAAAUUAAAAUGAACAAAAUAAUUCUAAUACUCAAUAAGCAGAAUACGAUGAAUUAAAUAAGGGACUAGAAUAAUUUUUUUUAAAUUGGCCCAAAUAUAUAGAAAUAAUCCAAGAAUAUGAUUAAAGUUUCAAAAUGGAAGAAUAAAAAAUUUAAGAUGAAUAAAAGGGAAAAUAGCCUUAAAGCACUACAAUUACCUAAUAAACAACUUCUCAGAUAUCAGACAAAGGCGUUUGCAUUUCUAAAUCAUAAAAAUAUUCUUAUUAAUUUGGAUAAGAACAUGUUCAGAGAUUUUAAGAAUCCCUCAAAGGAAUGAUUACAAACUAACAAAAUGAACAAAACCAACAUCUUGACAGUUAUUCUGAAUAAUUUAUAAGAUAAAUAUUUAAAUUAGGCCAUCAUAUCAAAAAAGGAGGGGAGGCAGAUAUAUUUACAAAUCAAAAUAUAGCAUAUAAAGUAAUUAAAUUAAAUGGAGACGAUGAUUUAAAGAAAUAAGAAAAAGAAUUAUUAAGAAUUUAGGAAUUAUAAGAAUAAAAUAUUUUAAAUAUAAACACUUCUCAUGUAAUAGAAGAUAUAGUUAAUCAUACUAAGUAUAUCAUUCACGUUAUGUAAAAAUGUUAAAUGAGUCUUUAUGAUGAAAUUUUAUCAAAAAAAGUUUUUAGUCUUAAAGAAAUUUUAAGAUUUAUUUCUACUGCUUUUCAUUUAUUGAUUGUACUUAGAUAAAAGUAUAUUUAUCAUUCAGAUAUUAAACCAGGAAAUAUCUUAAAAAUUGAUGAUAAUAAUUACUAAUUAUCUGAUUUUGGUGCUUCAUAGUAAAUUGAUUUUAUUGAUCCUUUUUGUGGUUAUUAAAUGUAUACACCUGGUUUUAAACCAAAAAAUAGAGAGAGAAAUUUACCUUUUUAUCAUGAUAUCUAUUCUUUUGGUAAAACUAUCCAAAAGUUAUUAAUGAAAUUAGAAAAUCAAUCAAAAAUUUCUAAAUGUUUAAAUGAAUUUAUAGAUGAAGAAAUUUGUAAAGAUGAUGAAAUUUCUAUUAAAGUUGAUUGCUUUGAAUUUCCAAGAAAGUUUAUAAAUACUUUAAUGAGAUUUACUAAUGAUGAAGUUAUUGAGGUAUUCUUAUAGGAUUAUUUAAAGUAGAUAGAGCUAUACUUAGUUAUCAAAAAAGAAAAUAAAGUAUUUGAGUAUGAAUCAUAAUAUUAAUAUGCUGAAAUAGCUCUUUUCAUUAUUUCAUAGAUAAGUUAAGUUAGCAAUUAGCAGAGUCAGUUAACUUCAAUUAAAAUUAAGGCAAAGGCACUGAUAACUAAAAGUUAUAUUUUAUGUAAAAGAAAACAAUAUAAAGAAUCUCUCGAAUAUAUUAAUGAAAUUUUUAGAGAAGAUUUUAAAGAUAAUAGCUAGUCAGAAAUCCUAAUAAAAUCAAUUAGAAUUGUAACUAAGAUCUUAAUAAAUCUAAAUAAUAAGAUAAAAUUAUCCUAAGAAAAUUAAAAUAAAUUGAUUAAAUUAAUUAAAUUAGUUAAUAAAGGUGAAGAAUUUGAUAAAUUAAAAAUAAAGAUAAUAGAGC